AUGGAUGUCCAAAGUGACAUCCAUGGUCAAUUUUCUGAUCUCUUAAGGGUUUUUGAGAAUGGUGGUUAUCUUCCAAUAGCUAACUACUUAUUUCUGGGCGAUUAUGUGGACCGUGGCGAGCAAGGAAUCGAGACAAUGUGUCUUCUUCUUGCCUACAAGAUAAAAUAUCCUGAAAAAAUUUUCCUCUUGAGAGGAAACCACGAAUGUGCAUCUACAAAUAUCAACUAUGGCUUUUACGAAGAGUGCAAGAAAAGAUUCAAUGUUAAGCUAUGGUACACAUUCAUAGAAUGUUUUAAUUGUCUACCAGUAGUAACCAUAGUCGGUGAAAAGAUUUUCUACGUGCACGGUGGCAUUUCUCCAAAGCUAAAAAAUUUGGAUCAAAUCAGAAAAAUACAACGCCCCGUUGAUGAACCCAGUGAAGGUAUUCAAGGUUGGGGAGAAAAUAGAACCAGGAAUAUUUCGGUUAUUUUCGGUGCUGACAAAGUUAUAGAGUUUCUGCAGAAGCAUGAUCUGGAUCUCAUCUGUCGCCCAGAUAAUUCAACUCAAUGGAUAUUAGCUCAUGAAUUGGUGGGAGCAUUCUUGACUCACUGUGGAUUUAGUUCAAUUACAGAGUCACUUUACUUUGGACAUCCAUUGGUUUUGCUACCUUUCUCCAUGGACCAAGGGUUGAUUGCUAGAGUGUUUGCCAAGAAGAAGGCGGGGAUAGAGAUAGCGAGAAGUGAGGAAGAUUGA